CAGCAGGUCUCUCUCGCCUUCCCGACCCCGUUCAGCGAUGCCCUCCUCCGAGGCCGUCCUGCAGCCAUCCCCCAGCAAGCGGCAGAAAGGCUCGGUGCCCGGGGAGCCCAUCGCGCGGCUCCGCUUCACUAAGCUGUCCGAGAACGCCUCAGCCCCUUCCAGGGGCUCUGCUCGGGCUGCGGGCUACGAUCUAUACAGUGCUUAUGACUGUGUAAUACCACCCAUGGAAAAGGCUGUAGUGAAAACAGACAUUCAGAUUGCACUUCCUUCUGGGUGCUAUGGCCGAGUAGCACCGCGUUCUGGUUUAGCAGCAAAGCACUUCAUAGAUGUUGGUGCUGGUGUUAUUGAUGAGGAUUACAGGGGAAAUGUUGGUGUGGUACUCUUCAAUUUUGGCAAGGAGACUUUUGAAGUUAAAAAAGGAGAUAGGAUUGCCCAGCUCAUCUGUGAACGCAUUUGCUAUCCUGAGCUUGAAGAAGUUGAAGCUCUAGAUGAUACAGAACGUGGCGAAGGUGGCUUUGGUUCUACUGGAAAGAACUGAAAAUUAUUUGAAUAUGCUUUUUUCGUUAUGCUAUUUCUAAAUUUUCAUUUGAAUUAGAAGUGGGAUU